AUGAGGUCCGUUAAUGCCUCGGCAGAGGAAGUCAGCACCAAAACAGCGGAGGGAUGCGUCGGUAUGUGCGGUAUAUGUCCGACCUGCGUCUUUGCCUCCAAUCCUCCGGGUUCCAGUCGGUGUCUGUGGAAGGUGUCGGAUGAGUUCAAGAGGAGGUUCGCGCUGACGCUCCUUUUACGCUGCAGGAGCGUCCAAGUCCUCGAGAGCAUCCAAGUUGUGCUGCGUGGCGCGACGUCGUGGACGCUGCACACCUACGCUAGGUCAAGAAGCCCCAUCACACCUCAGGAACACACCUUCCGCUUUUCCCACCAAGGUCACGGUGGAAAACCCCUGGGAGUGAACGUGAAGGAAAUCUGGAAGUGGUUCAGCAGCAGUCCGGACUGGGUCAAGUCAAGCUACGUUUGCCGUAUUUUUUCACUGUGUGACUCCGAACUUUUACGGAUGGUCGCCAACUUAACCAACGUGCUCCUGGUCAGACAGAAAAGUGGAUUCCUGGAGUUUAAUGUAAGUAACCACAAUAACAAUCAUGACAAUCAGGAGGAGUCUGAGGACCCUGCUCUAAUGGUAGUGCCGGGAUCCUCCAAGUCUGUGUCUGGGGUCAGCCGACACAGAGACUUCAUAAGCUGCCUACCUGUUGAUCUGUCCAAGAGGAUAUUAGGCAAGUCUUUGCAUACUACUGGGUGCAGCAGUGUUAAUUUUGUGAGUCCUACUUAUGCCAACAUUGUUGAAAUCCCUGUACCAGUAAAGGAUGACAAGGAAGAAGAUAUUUAUUCUACUGUCCACAAGCUCAAGCCAUUUAAAUCCGCUUAUGCAAACAUCAGAACCACAGCAGUGCAAAUGGAAGAGCGAAAUGUUUACUGCGGUGCAUAUUUUACCAAAGUGCUGCUGGACAACGAAGAUCCUUACCGGGUGUUGGACUAUAGAGGAGGACUGCUGCUGGCCACCGGCUCAAAGGACCGUUUGGUGCGUCUGUUUUAUGUGUCAUCAGAAACAGAAGACGUGUCGGUGCUGAAAGGACACGUUGGAAGCAUUCAGGCAGUGCUGCUCUGUGAGAACAGAGAUCUGCUGAUAACCGCGAGCUUUGACGCAAGUAUCAGGUGUUGGAAUUUGAAGACAGACCGGUGUGACAUGGCGCUGUACGGUCACACUGGCACCGUCAGCUGUCUGGAUGCUGAUGCUGAUAAACUUGUCUCAGGAGCUAAAGACUGUGCAGUUAAAGUGUGGUGUCUGGAGACCGGGAAGCCUUUUAAUGGUUUUAAUUUCAAGCACCCCAGUCCUGUCCUAUGUGUAAAGGUCAGCAAAACUACCAUCUACAGCAGCUGUACACAGGGCCUUGUUAAAAUAUGGGACAUGGAAAAUGCAGCACUGCUCCGGACAAUUGAUGCCCACAGGAGCGCAGUAAAGUGCCUGUUCCUUGACGACUGGCACCUUCUAUCUGGAGACUGCACUGGCAAGGUCAUGGUGUGGAGCAUCAACCAUAAUGUUGAGAAGUGUCUUAUAACAUUCAGCCACCAAAAGGAGGUAAAAUCUCUUACGCUGCUCUACCUUCGUGUUAUUACUGGCUGUGUGGACGGAAAGAUUCGCAUAUUUAAUUUCCUCACUGGUGAUUGUUUGAGAGAGAUCACAGCAGAGACCGGAACAGGUCGUCUCCUGUCCCUGCACUUCCUUGACCAAAGUAUAUUAGUGAACACGAUAUACAGCGUGAAGCUCUUCCAGUUUGCCAAAGUGUUCUGGGAUUAUGCCAGUUCCUCACGGGGAGACCACAGUGAUGUGAUGCCACAGGAUAGUUUGGUUUCUGAGAAAUCUGCAGCUUCUCUCAGAAAGUUUCCUCUUUCCGCUCCUGCGGGAGAUCACGUGGCACAGUUGCCUUCAACCACCCAAAAGAUUCACAGCCAUAACUGUAUGAAGCCAGAGAGAGGUGAGCGGCUUCACCGGACGCACAUCCUGUCCUCCCCCAUUAAAUGCCAAAUACAACCCAGAGUGUGCGGUGAGAUUGCUAAACAGUCAGUGAAGCUUAGCGAGAAGGCUGCAACUGAACGGAUAAAGAAGAGAGGCCUUCAUCAUCCUCUGACACGGGAUGGCAUCCACCUCCGGGUUAACACUAUCCUGAGGUCUCAGUGCACGGAAGAAGUCAGCAUCAACAUGGAGAGCAACGCUAGACUGAGAGAUUUGUGGGGUCCUCACACAGCUAAGGCUUCUCUGCACUCAUCUCCAAAACAGAGUGUGCACAUGUGUUCACUGCAGAAAAUGCAUGAUGGUCAUCCCAGCAGGGCCAAGACCUGUGUCCCAGAAUGUGAAACGAACUAUCACUGAACAUAUGACAAACAAACCACAAGGCAGAGAUGUUUCCACUGCCCCUAGGAACACAAGAAGAGCCUUAUAGUCUUUACACACUCAGGCCAGUCAAAAGGUGGCCAUAGACUUAUCGAUACAUCUUCAUAAGAUCACAAAUAAAUCCAAAAUGUUACACAAAAACUAGUCCCAGUUUAUCCAGGAUUAACUCUUUAAGUGGAAAGGAUUCAGACUGCUCAGUGACACUGGUGGAAGCAAAGAGGGAGGUCACACAAAGCACUGACCAAAAACUGUCCAAGAGGCAUAUAUUACAAAAUGUGCAUCAAUAAAUGUUGAGCACUGCACAAUACAUGCUUUGCAGAUUUGUUUAUCCAAUGAACCUUACCUUGAAAUAUGUUGUUUCAUUAAAAUUCCACUAGAGGUCAGUAUUGUAUCAUGUGAUAGGUGGUUGAACAGCGACAAAGGCGUAUUAAACACUGGUUCUGCAGUAUGCUUGAGUUUUUUGUAACAAUUAUAUUUAUCAUCACUUUAACUUUCUUAAAUAAUUACAUUUUGUUUCCUUUAGAAAAUUUUCAGUUUUUGCAUACUAUUUAUGAAGGUUGAGUUAAUGA